ACAGAGCACAGGACAGCCUCGGCGGCUCUGUACGCCGCACAGAGCACAGGACAGCCGUCAUCGUUCGCGCCUCACUGUGAAAAUAAACAGCGCCGGGGCCAGGCGGCGGCGGCGGCGGAGCGGCGGGCCGGCCAGAUGUGUGGGCAGUGUGGGACAGGAGCCGUGCGGGGGAGCCGCGGGAGCCGAGAGGGAGCCAGGGGACCGUGGGAGCGAGUCCCGGCGACACGGGACAGCCGGUGGAUCUCUGGUGACACGGGACAGCCCCGGUCGACGGACGGUCAGAGUGCUGUGCGCGGUCGGUGGGUGAGGGCCGGACCGGCGCGGAGCUGCGACUGGAGGACUGCCGGAGAAGACCGAUCAGUGGGGUGUUCACUACUCUGUAUCAGCCUGCAGCCCAGCCACAGAGCCAAGAGGAGCUGAUUGAUCUCGUGGACGCCCGUCGUACCAGGCGAAUGAUGAGUCGUCACACGUGGUUGGCGAUAGCAGUCGUCUGCUUGCUGCCAGCCGAUCUGCUGGCCUACCAAAACCUCGCGACCAAGACAAACAAACGUUUGAACCGGGUCAGUCUGAACGAGUUUCGUCAGGUGAUCCGCGAUGACCUGGUCGGCAUUGUGGAGAACGCGCUCGUCUCCAUGCAGAUGGGCCGCUCUCCCUCCGGAACGAUGACCGUAGACGAGAAGAUCACCACCUCCGUGGAGGCCUCCGUACGCACCAUGACCAACACCAUUCAGGACACGCUGCGCCGCUUCGAGACGCGCCUGAUGACCAUCGAGCACCAGCUGGAGGGCGGCCAGAACGCGCCGAUGGCGCGCAGCAGCCGCUACCAGGCGCUCUGCAGCGAGUCUCACGAGCGCAGCCUGCAGCAGGGCGUCGAGCGCAUCACGGCCAUCCUCAGCUCGGUCACCGAGAGGGUCGGCGAGGCGCGCGACGCCAGCUCUGAGACCCAGCAGGGCGUCCAGAGACUCAACGACCGGCUACCCAAGGUCGAGGACAACAUCAAGAAGGAGCUGGAGCACUCGGUGACCGUGAUGGAGACGGGCGUGAAGCGCCAGCUGCAGGCAAUGCAGCUGGAGGCGGCGGCGGCGGCUGCGGCGGCUGCGGCGCGGGACACCCGCGUCGUCCCCACGCAGGCCGUGCCGCAGACGACGCCGGCCACGUGUGACGGCGACAGCCUGCUCUCGUCCUUCAAGCGGAUGGAGUCGUCGCUGACGUGGCAGAUGAACAAGGUGGAGAACCUGCUGCUGGCGGGCGCGGAGGGCGGCGCCCCGCCGGUAGGACGGCAUCAGAUUGACAGGGAGGCGGCACACCAGGUCGAACCGCUGAGCAGGAGUCCUGACUCGCUGAAGAGCUGUGCCGAGCUGUACGACAGCGGAAUGCGCACCAGCGGCCUGUACACCAUCCGACCGGGCCAGGUCAAGGUGCGCGUCUUCUGCGACAUGAACUCGGAGGGCGGCGGCUGGACCGUGUUCCAGCAGCGAGGACCGCACCUCAAACGGGAAGACUUUUUCCGUGACUGGGAGGCCUACAAGACGGGUUUCGGUGACCCGGAGGGGGAGUACUGGCUGGGUAACCAGCACCUUCACGAGCUGACCUCGGACGGCCGGCCGCACGUGCUGCGCAUCGACAUGUUGGACUGGAGCGGCGAGCGCACCUACGUGCAGUACGACAACUUCAGCGUGGCAGAUGAGGAGGACAAGUUCCGUAUUAACCUGGGCGCCUUCUCCGGGGAUACUGGUGACUCGAUGACGAUGGACAACCAGCGUCAGUUCUCCACGGCCGACCAGGACAACGACCGACUGCGCUACGGCAACUGUGCACGCGCGCACAAGGCCGGCUGGUGGUUCGGCGCCUGUCGACGGGCAAACCUGAAUGGCGUGGCCCACAACGGCGCUCACGAGGGACCGGACGGCAUUAACUGGCUCGACUGGAAGGGCCCCAACUACUCCAUCAAGGCCACGCGCAUGAUGGUCAAGUAGCUGGAGAGGCUGGUGAACAUUUCGGCAGGAUGUAUUAUCACUGGACGGGAAGAUAGCGCCGGAGUCCCGCCCGAAUAGAGAGACACUGUACUCCGUGGGUGUGUUUGCUGUUUUGAGAUUGUGGGCCCUGAUGCCCUAAUCCUUUUCGUACUCGGUGCUAUAUUGGCGUAAUGGUUCCGUCGUCAUGCACUCAGCGGUUCUGCCCGGUGGUUCUGUCACCGCGUUUUACCUGCCGUGUCCGUGACGCGAGGCCGGCGCCGUCCGCACGGCUGCAGCUGUGCGAUCCCACAGCCGAGUGCACAGUGCACAUGGCACCAGCCGGUUGGGGUAGACCCGGGGCAGAUUGUCUGUCUGUCUGUCUGUCUGUCUGUGUCGCAUGACGUCACCACAGCGCGGCCAAUGCGGAAUGCGCGAUAACCGUUACAUGUCGUCCGGCUAGAGUUCUGUGAGCUGUGCUGAGCCGAGCUGAGCGCGGUGAGCCGGGCUGAGUCUGAGCUGAGCCGAACCCGGACCUGCCGGGCUCAGCAGGGCCGAGUUGUCCCGGCCGUCCGCCACAGGUGGUGACGACUCUCGGUUUACUGCUGACCGCAGUCGAUCAUUGCAACCCACUCUCGGCGAGACAGCGGACUUAAUGAAUAAUCGUGUUGAUCGCAUGAGUGAUGUGUACCGCUAGUUUUAACUCGGAUUAUGCCUUACACCAGACGCUUGAAGACAAUUUCGGUAACCGCAAAAAAUGUCCGAAGGUAUGUGCUUACGCGGUUCUUACAAGGUGUAUGCAGAUAAUCUGUAUAUGGAGAACUUAUCAUUGUGCUUACCUGGUAAAGUUUGGACACUAUCACCAAGCGUGACAGAUGCUCGUAUUUCGCUGAGUUUGUGGAAACCAGCAGGGAGUGCCUUUUGUGAAUAUUUUCUCGAAUAAUGGCUUAAAACGAAGUGAAUCUUGAGAAACCUCCAAAGCGAGUGGACACGAUUGCUUAGCGUAUCUUUUAGGGAUUCCUACAAUAAGUUUUUUAUAUAAAAGGAUUGCGCAAAUAAAACAUCCAUUUACCUAGUU